AUGAGGGAGGAGGAGGAGGAGGAGGAGGAGGAGGAGAAGACAGUGUUGGCACAAGUCUUCGGGUCUUCAUCAGACGAAUCUGAUUCCAAUGAUGGCUACAGCGACAGGGAGCGUGAGUGGGAAUGGGAGUCCAUAUCAGAAGUACAGGGUCUAUGGCUGUGCCCCAACUUCCUCUCCCCACGACACCAAUCCCGCAUACUCGCAUCCAUCCAAUCCGACAACUGGUUCCCCUCGCCCUCCAUUAACCAGGCCAUGCGCUUCGGCCUCCAACACCUCCCUUACUGGGCCCCUCCUCUGGGCCACUCCAUUCGCCGCUCCAUCCGGCUCCAGGCCCAAAACCCACCCCCCUUCCCGCCUCACCUUCUCUACAGAGAACCCCUCUUCGACCAGAUGAUUGCCAACGUCUACCAGCCCGGCGAAGGCAUCUGCGCCCACGUCGACCUCCUCCGCUUCGACGACGGCAUCGCCAUCCUCUCCUUCGAGUCCGACUGCGUCAUGCACUUCACCAACGCCUCCCUCUCCGUCCCCGUUCUCCUCACCCCUGGCUCCUUGGUUCUCAUGUCCGGAGAAGCUCGCUACCGUUGGAAACACGAAAUUAAUCGCUCACCGGAGUUUCAGAUAUGGCAGGGUCGACAAUUGACUCAAUCCAAACGUACCUCUAUCACUCUCAGGAAACUCUCCGCCUCUACUUCCUGA